AUGGUGGACAGUCAAUUAAGUGGACUGCCAAUGCCACUUCUACUUGCGGUCGCCCUUCGCUCGGGUCCGCAGGUUGAAGAACAGCCUUGGUCACGGCGAAACGCACAUGCGGGUCAAUGCCGUAUAUCGAUCCCCGGGAGGGCAUCUCAACACAUCAAAUUCCUCGUAUGUAUUUCGAUCUCUUCUCGUCAAGUUUUGCUCACGGUCUCUAAGGAUCCCCUCCCCCAAAUGCCCAAACCCCAAGAUUACGUGCUAUUUGUUCACGAAGAGCGACAUUCACAAAGGCAUCGACAUCCACAAAAGCGUCGACAUUCAAAAGGCCACCGACAUCGCAGCCGGCAACGCCACUCAUCAGCUCAAUCAGUCAAAGCAUCAACCGCCUCAAACUACAAACUAGUCCCUCAGGACGAAUCCUCUAAAUACUCCCACAAGACGCAUAAAAAGGGGCUCGAUUUCCUCCUCACCAAUGGCAGUGUCUAUCCGCUCAAAGUCGAUCCUCCUGUAUGCACCGAACUCGUGCGUCUACAGCGAAAUUUCACGCCUUUGAAACCGAACUAUCCGAUACCUGAGUAUAGGUCACGAAGUGGAACUUUGGCGCCGCGUUCAAGGAAUCAUCUAGAGGCUCCGAUUUCACUCGCUCCGACUACAAGGAUGAGGAGUUAUGACAGUGGUAGAAGUUGUGACGAUGUGAGCAGUUAUAAUUUCGACUCGGACCUUUCGACAAAAGAGGAGGCAGUAGCAUUGAAAUUGAGUAAUAUAAUCCAACAGAUGGAGACGAAGAUGCAUGCGAAUGGGAAGGACAAAGUUAUAUAUGUACACAACCCCGGCUUAGAGCAGAAACGGAAAGUCGAAAAGGAUCCGCGCCAACCUACCUAUAUUAAAAGUGAGUUUCUGUGA